AUGAAAAAUAUUUGUUUAGAUCGUUACAGAAUUCAAUCAGACAAUACAGAUUUUGUUUUUGUUAUAUUUUCUGUUUUAAUUGAAAGAAUUCAAAAAAAUCAACCAGAAGCACGUCUUCAUUGCCCUGUACCCUUACAUUUAUGUUUAACUGAAAUAGCUAAAUAUAUUGAGGCCGAGGAAGAAUGUGCUAAUUUAGAAAAACAAGCUAGUAUUUUAGCUACACAAAUGCGUCAAGUAGAAACUGUUUUUCUUAGUCGAUUAAAGGCUUCUCAAAAUGAAAAUAUAAUGGAAAAUUAUGAAAGGAUGCCUGUUGAAUCACUUGUUGAAUAUAGCCAUAAAGAAUUAAUGAAAACUUUGGAUCAACUAAAUUCAAUUUCGCAAAACCAGUUAAAUACAAAAAAGAGGAAAUCACUUGGAUCUCUUCUUAAUUUAAUGAAUUCAACUCUUAAAUUAAAUGGUAUACAAUUGCCUUUUGAUGGAAGAAUUUUAGAAGGAAGUGAUUUGACUUUAAGUGAACAAUUAUCUCAAUUACUUAAUUCACAAACAGAAAUUAAUAAAAAAUUAAAUUCUGCUGAAAUUGGACGUCUUUUAACUAAUUUUUGUGAAAGAAAUGAAGGAAAUUUGGGGGGAAUUGUUGAAGAGGAAGAAGAGGAGGAGGAAAUGGAAGAAGAAAAUGAAAUAAAUAAAGAGGAAGAGAAGAAAAAAGAAUUAAAUGAAGCUUUAAUUAAAUCUGAAGAAUUUAUGGAAUUUGUAGAAUUACAAAGUGGAUCGUUACAACAAGAUGGAAAAUUGGAUGAUUUAUAACAAAGAAUAUCUGUAUCUUGUAAAUUAAAUUGUAAAUAACACACGCAUAUAGUUCUACGCUUACACAAAGAUAUUGCAUCUUGCACAGAAAGGAUAAUUUGAAGAAAGUGGGGAGCAAAGUCUGACGCAAUUUUGUU